AUGAAACAGUAAAAAAAAUUAUUACUUCAUUUUGAUUUGAAUAAAACUAUUGUUUUAGCUGAUUCUUAAUAUCCAAAUUAAAUUAAGAAAGAGUGUGUAAAUCAUCUAAAUUAAUAAAAAGUUAUAAGAAAUUCUGGUAGCAUAUGCAUAGGGUAAACUAGAAUAGAGAGACGAGAAAUCCCCUAUUCUUUGGUAAUUAUUAACAAAUAACUUUACUCCAGUAAGACCUGCAGAAGAAAGGAUAUCAUAUAAAGAAUACAUUUGUCAAUAAUAUCCAUUAAAAAUCUGAAGGUGAUUCUGAAGAUAUUAAAAAAAAUAAAACUAGUGCAAUAUAUUAAUUUAUUUAUUGGUAUAUAGAGAACAACGUAAAUAAUUAUAUUUUUAAUUUGUAAAAUUGGGUUAACCGUGCAUGAAAUUGAAGCCAGAAUACGACAAGAUUAUUAAAUUUAUUGUAAAAUCUUUUAUGUUAAUCUUGGUUAAAUGAAUGAGGAAGAUGUGGAAUAGAGAAAUUUAAAUUAAUUAUUAAACGAUAAGUAUAUGCUUAAUAAUUUAUUUUCAGAUAAUAAAUACUAAUUAUUAUCUACAUUUUAUAACACUAUUAUCAAUCUGAAGAAAUAAAAAAGAGAAUUUGCUAUAAUCUUUCGUCCUUUUGGAUAAGAUCCAAAAAAUAUUCUAAGACAAUUUAACAAUUUAGGGGUAGAAAUAACACUCCUAUUGUUAAAUUUGAUGGUUCUAAGGGAACUAAAAGUUAUAUUAUAUAAGAAAAAAUAAUGUGCAUUAUUAUAUAGACAAUAGAAAGAAUUAGUUACAGGAAGUUUGAGAAGAACAGAUAAAUAAUAAUUAGAGGAUGGAUAUGAAAAGAAUUAGAAGAAGAAUUAGUUUAAAUUAAUAAUAUUGAAUAAAUGUUACUAAAGAUUUCAGAAUCUUUAAAAGAAAGUUGCGCACUUUAUUAUGUAGAUGAUUAUAAUUCUUAUGAAUUAGAAUAAAAUCAAAUGAAAGUAAUGCCAAAUAAUAGUAUAUUGAUUCAUAGGAUGCAGAUACUUUACAUAUCUUUUUUGAUUUUAUUGAUCAAUCUAUUGGUAAAAUAAAUUCAUUUUAAAUUAAAAAUUAGAUAAACAAUUUAUAAGAGUAAAUUUAUAAAUCUAUUUAGAAAUGAUAAUAAUUUGGUUUAGGUUAUUGGUUAUGUAACAUUAGAACCUAUAAAUAGAAAGAAAUGCUUAAGCAAGUAUUUAGUACAUAUAGAUAUCUGGGAUGUUAUUAAAGAUCCAGAUUAUUUUAUUAAAUAAAUAAAUAUUUGUGAAAAGAAUAGAAAUGAAGAAAUCGAAAGGAGAGAAAAAGGAAUACCAGAAGAAUAAGCUGAAUUACCUAAAAAGACUGAUUGGGAACUCUUAGAAGAGAGUUCAGAUGUUGAUUUUUAAAGAUAAACUAUUCUCCCAUUACUUUUACCAGUAUUGCAAUUACUUGAUAUAGAGAUGACGUUAAUUUUAGUUUAAGCGAUGUCAUUGAUUACUCAAAUAAAAAUGCUUAUUGUUUAUUGA